AUGGGCAAUCCAACACAAGUCGAAACGGGCCAAGCUCGUACCCAAUCUCCAGAUGAACGCCCGAGUAUCCCAAUCGACGCAAAGGAGCAAGAAAGACUAGGCCGCCAAAGACCUGAAAUCUUCAGCAGCACAUUGCAGGAGAUUGGCUUCUGCGCAUCCGUGCUGCUGUCCAACAUAAUGGCGGAGUUUCUGAUCAGCGGGUUCAACGUGCUUCUGCCAAAUCUGAUCUCCGAUCUUCACUUCUCCCCUGCCGACAAAACCUGGCCAUCAAGUGUAUUCUCACUCGUCGCCGGAGCCUUCCUCCUGCCCCUCGGCCGUCUCACAGAUAUGCACGGCGGGUUCCUCGUGUUCCUCGCAGGUAACGCUUGGAUGGCCAUCUGGUCUCUAGUCGGUGGCUUCAGCCGCAACUAUGUCAUGCUUGUCGUCUGCCGCGCGCUCCAGGGCCUCGGUGCGGCGGCGUUCUUACCAUCUGGCAUCUCUCUUCUGGGGAGCGUGUACCGCCCCGGCCGUCGAAAGAACAUCGUCUUCAGCCUCUACGGAGGCUGCGCGCCGUUCGGGUUCUUCUCGGGAAUUUUCAUCGCGGGCGUGGCGGGUCAGUUCCUGCGCUGGAGCUGGUUCUUUUGGAUCGGGACAAUGAUGUUGGUUGUGGUCUGCCUGCUCACAUAUUUCUGUGUUCCCAGACAGAUCCAUCCGGCAAGGAUGUCCAUGGAUUGGUGGGGGUGCGCGACUUCGAUUCCGGGGUUGAUGUUGCUGGUCUAUGCUAUCACGGAUAGUCCACACGUUGCCAAGGGAUGGGCGUCGCCGCAGAUUCUAGCCACGUUCAUCUUGGGGAUCGUGUUUCUUGCGGCGUUCGUAUAUGUCGAAGGAUGGGUAUCGACAGCGCCCCUUCUGCCUCCGAAGCUAUUUGCUCCGAAGUAUACCGUCGCUCUGUUCUGCUGUCUCUUCGUUGCCUUUGGUAGUUUUGGAAUUUUCCUACUUUACGCCAGCUUCUACAUCGAGACUAUUCUGCAUAUUGAGCCACUAUUAGCUGCGGCCUGGUUCGCACCCCUCGCCACCGGAGGCGUAAUUAUUGCCAUCGUUGGUGGUAUCAUCCUUGACAAGCUUUCAGGAACCAUCCUGCUUCUUCUGUCCGUCACUGGGAUGUUGAUAUCUUCCCUUCUGUUCGUUCUCAUCCCAAGCAAUCCCAACUAUUGGGCGUGGGUAUUUCCUUCGAUGGUCUGCGCAACUAUUGGGAUCGAUAUCAUGUACAAUGUUAGCAACAUCUUUAUCACCACCAGUGUGAAGAGUGAUCAACAAGGUAUCGCAGGAGCCCUCGUCAACGGCUUACUAUUCCUGGGCAUGAGCUUUUUUCUCGGUUGGGCCGACUUGGCCUCGGCGAUGGCAUCCUCUGGCGAUCUUCAAAAGGGUUACAAGAUUGCCUUCAUAAUGGGCGCUGGCUGCGCUGGAGCAGCUAUAAUCAUAAUCAUUGCGGGCAUCAGAAUCGACAAGGCGAAGGGAGACUUGACUGCCGAUGAGCGCGAGCAGGUGCAAUGA